GAGAAUGUCACGACUCUUCCCAUGCCUCCCUAAAAUCCAAAUAAUUUUGUGAAGGAAGACUUGCGGGACAGCCCUAUGGAGUGCCAAGGGGCGACUGGUGGCAGCAGCUGCGGGGCAGGCAGUUGGCUGGCCAACGGGCAGUUGGCAGAUUCGUGGUUGGCCAACGGAGCGUGGUUGGCCAGCGGGCGUGGUUGGCCUACGGAUACGGUUGGCCUACGGAGCGUGGUUGGCCUACGGAAGACUGGUUGGCCUACGGAUCUGUGCCAGGCGAGGUCCAAUUGGCAGAUCGGGCUGGAAGGCGCACGCAGCUUCCAGAAGCAGCUGGGGCGCGCGGGAAGCUGCCAGGAGGUUCUGGUUGGCCAACGAAAAUUCCAGGGGAGUCUGGUUGGCCUACGAAAAUUCCAGAAGGCACCAGAACGGGCCAGUAGCACCCAGAAUUGGCCAGAGACAGCCAGAAUUGCCCAGAAUUGCCCAGAAGCUUCCAGAAACUGGUUGGCCAGCAGAUUCAACCAAGCCAAGUGGGUCCCACAGGCAACUCAGCCACCAUGUCCAGAAUUCUCUACAGGGUGUGAAAUUACCAAAAAGUCCCUGAAACUUCUAGAGAGUAAAUAUUAGCCACAUGUUGGAGAAUGCAUCUCCACCACACAUUAAGGAGGUGGGAUGCCUAUAAAUAGCCACUUAGGGAGUUCAUUUGUACAUAGAGAAGAGAAGAAGUGAGCAGGUGAGCAAAGUGUGAUACCAAAGAGUGUACAAAACCUUGUAAAGCUUUCUUUGAGCAAUACAAAUUUCUUCCUUCCAUCAUCAUUCUCCUUUGAGCUUAGCCAACACUUUCUCACACAACUAAGCUUCCGUUGCCACAAUCACCCAAUUGCUCUUGUUUUGAGCAAGGAGUAAGGCUGAACUUAGCUAGGGGAGCUAAGUGCCGCACGGUUUAAGUGAGUUUCGGGUAUUGAAACACUUAGUCCGUGACAACUGUCGCUGUGCUCUCGGAUGCGGAAUGUGAUGCGGGAGGAUGGAGUCUUCUCCUUCCAUAAGCCCAAUUAUCCCAUCGGUAACAGAACGACCGGCGCGCCCGUCUCGAACCCCCGGCAUGCUGGGGCCUC